AUGCCCAAGAAGGAGCUGGGGAUGGCUGGCUGCAACUCUGGCAGCUGUGACAGCAUGGUCAGCACAGCUUCCAACCACUCACAGCGUAGUGAUAACAGCUAUGACUACUUAUCAGUGGAAGAGAAGGAGUGUUUGAUGUUCUUAGAAGAAACCAUUGGCUCACUGGAUGCAGAAGCAGACAGUGGGGUCUCCACUGAUGAGACUGACUAUGUGGAGCCCUCCGAGCUGCCUGGGAUGUGGCACAGGAGAGACUCCAGUGCCCAGGAUGUGGAAAAUGGGUCUCCUCUCCCACAUGUAGGUCACCAACAGGCAGCUCAACACAGGAGCAGUAAGAACAUCUCUGCCUUCUCCAGCUCAGCUCCAGCAGCAGUUGCAAGCCCAGGUUACCACAGCCUUCCGAGGAGCAUCACUGUGGCAAAUGGAGCUCCUGACAGCCAAGCCACUGUGUGCACAGUGGAGGACCCAGUGCCAGGAGACAAACCUUCACAGAUGGCCAAGGAGGACAGGCUUGACCCAGCCAACACAAGAAGCCAAAGGAAGUCCCUGGGAACUUUGAUUAUCCAACCUCCAGAUCCCUUCCAGGACGACCUGGGGAGCCAGGAGUGGUCACGUACCAGUCGCUCGGAUGCCAAGAGGGAAAGAGCCAAAGAGCCCAAGGCUUGGACUGCGUGGGGCCAGACAGACAAGCCCACAUCAGAAGAAGCCCCUCAGGACCAGGACGCCAAGCGUGGGCCUCCAACUGCCCCCAAACCACGGAAACUGCCCCCAAACAUCAUCCUGAAAACCAGCAAGAACAGCUCAGUGCCACUUCCUACAGAGGCCAGCCAGAAGGUCAAAGCAACACCUCCAUCCCUGGCCAGCUCCCAGCCCAGCGACAGCGCUGCUGAGAAGCUGAAUCUGGGACACCUCGACCCCAAGGACAGGGAGAAAGCUCAUCGUGAGGCUCUGGAGAAGCUCGGACUGUCACAGGACAGGAGGGAGCCCAGCACCCGCCUUCAACCUGGCAACAACCAUCCCCAACCCACCACACACCCCCAGGCUAGGGAGACGCCCUCCCCCGGCCCCGGGGAGCCCGAGGCAGGCUGCGGGGCGGCAGAGAGGUUGGUGCCAGGCGUCCGGCAGAUGACCUUCAAAUCCAACACCCUGGAGCGCUCUGGCGUGGGGCUGAGCAGCUACAUGGCCAGCAGCAAGGAGCAGAACGUCAAAGCCAGCAGCUCCUUGGGCAAGAUGUCCUUCAUCGAGCGCCUCGCCCCCAGCUUCCUCAGGAGCAACCGGCCCCGGCCGGUGUCCCUCGGAGCGGGGAAGGACUUUGCUGGUCUGAAGGAAUCCGGGCAGGUGGAGCAGGAGAAGAGCAGCAAGAGGCGAUCCCACCCUCUGCAGAACUUCCCCAAGCCCCCUCGCUCCUGUGUCAGUGUGAAGAUCUCCCCCAAGGGCACCGCCGACGAGAACCGGCGAGAGGCACUCAAGAAGCUUGGUCUGCUGAAGGAGUAG